AGAUGGUGCUCAUUAGCAUUUAAAGGUGCAGGCACAGAAACAGCCUGCUCUCAGUAGAGCUAUUCAGGACCACGGAUGGGUUUGGGGUAAUACAUUUCGAAUACAAUGUUGUUGGACCUCUGACAGAAGUGUGAAAUUUAUGAAAAACAGUAUAAUAUGGGACCUGUAAAGCUAGUAUACUGUUUUCUUUCGUCUUUUACAAACAAAUACUCUUCCUAUAAUUAAUUACAUAUGUUAUAAUAACUCAAGUAAGUUUGUAUUCUCAAAGUCCUAAUGCAUCAUGUGGCUCUGAGCAGGUAAAUCUCUUACAGAGAGGAGCUGUGCUCCAGGCUGAGCAGGUUUAAUUGGUGAAAUAUGCUGAUAAACCAGAUCAACUGCAACCAGCAGGUUUAGAGACGUCAGGCAGCAGUUAGAGACCAUUCAGAUCUGAUAUGACGCUGGUAAAGUCACAGUAUGCUGUAAGCUGAACUUUGCUACUUAGAGAAGAAAUAGUGAUAGAGGCGAAUAGUGAAUGGCCAACUGGUGAGUUUUUUGGGUUGGGUUUGUGUUCGAAAAUGGAAGAUAAUGGUUCAUUACAGACGUUAAUGAGAAUUCAAAGGGAACAAGGAGUGAAUAUAUUCAUAGGGCUCUUUUUUUACCCGCAAUAAAUUACAUAUUACUAGUAGUAAUAGAGUGAAAGAUUACUCAUUACACUCCUUUUUAGUUGCUUACAAAAGAAAUGCCAAAACAAUGUAUAUAGAAUGACUUCACAUCAGCCCAUUUCUAUGAGUAUCAUGACAAAUGUCACAUUGUUGCAUCUUGUUUAGAGGCUUAUUAUUAGAAAUCAUCUCAACAUGAGAAGCAAUUACUGAGCAGUGGAACAUUAGCCAAUUCGAAACAAUUAAAAUUGAUAUAGUCUUUUUUAUCAUCAUCAAAAUAUAUGUGACAAUCUGUCCCUGUUUUCUCAACAAAAAGAGUCACAGAAAACUCCACCCCCUUCGGUUUAACUCAUGUAUAUUGCAUAGUUCCCAGUGCUGGGCCUGCAUUUCAGGUUUAGAUUCCAAGAGAGGGGGCAAUGAGGAAUUACCAUUCCAGUCAGAUGUGCUGCUUACAGAGUCACAGAAGCAAUAACAGAACUCACAUUGUACAAACAUCUCAGUUGAAAUCCUGUCUCUGAGAAUGAGGCUAGUGAAACGACGCCUCCUGAAAUUGUUGCUGCUCAGUGUUGUACUGGGCUCACUAUGCAUGCUUUGGGUCAGUCGCCCCAAAAUGAGCUGGAAUCCAAGCUACAUUAUGGGAUACAGCUGGCUGGAGUACACAAAUGAGGAUGGCGGCCCAGAGAAAGUGUGUAACUGUUCUGCUAUCCUGCGAGGAGAGACGGGAGCACUUGAGCAGGCCAAACUACUGACCAUCACUAAAGACUUCAAGGAGAGUGUUCAGAUCCCUGAUGAGUAUUAUAUCAAUGCAACUCAAGACUGCAGUCAGUUCAAGUUAAGCAGGAAAUACUUACCAUACCCACUGAGCCAGGAGGAAGAGGACUUCCCUCUGGCGUAUUCAAUGGUUGUCCAUCAUAAGGUGCAGAACUUUGAGCGACUGCUUCGAGCCAUCUAUUCACCUCAAAAUAUUUAUUGUGUCCAUGUGGACAAAAAUUCAGACACCUCAUUCUUCUCUGCCAUCAUGGGCAUUACUUCCUGUUUCCCGAAUGUCUUCAUGGUCAGCAAGCCUGUGAGCGUGGUCUAUGCUGCCUGGCCACGAGUCCAGGCUGACCUUAACUGUAUGGCUGAUCUUUAUGAUGCCAGCACAAGAUGGAAAUACUUCAUCAACCUCUGUGGUCAGGAUUUCCCACUGAAAACCAACUUGGAGAUUGUACAGAUGUUGCGUUCACUGAGGGGCGGUAACAGCAUGGAGUCGGAACAAAUCGGAGAAAAGAAGUGGAGGGUGACAAAUUCUUUCCAGAUAGUUGAUGGACAAAUCCAGGUGACAGGAAAUGUGAAGGACCCACCUCCAUUCAACCUGCCUAUUAUGUCAGGAAAUGCCUACAUUGUGGUGAGCAGAGGCUACAUCCGCAGCGUGCUGGAGGACAGCCGAAUACAGGCUCUAAUUGAGUGGGCCAAAGACACCUACAGUCCUGAUGAGUUCCUCUGGGCAACUAUUCAACGGAUCCCUGGUGUCCCUGGAUCAACUUGGCCCAACUCCAAAUAUGACAUGACAGACAUCAAUGCUAUUGCACGGCUGGUGAAGUGGUGGUCGCAUGAGGGGUCACAGGGGUCAAUGGAUGCAGCGUACCCAGAGUGUCAUGGCAACCAUGUCCGGUCAAUAUGUGUGUAUGGUGCUGGAGACCUACCGUGGCUGCUUGAACAACAUCACCUCUUUGCCAAUAAGUUUGACACAGACACAGAUCCCAUUGCUGUCUACUGCUUGGAGAAGUACCUGAGACAAAAGGCACUGGCUGAAUUACAUUGGAUGUAGAUUGAGAUUUUGCUGCACAAAUAAUGAAAAUGAAUCUAUUUAUGUAAAAUAAAGCAAUACAUUUUUUUACACAACAAAAUAAUUGAUUAUUGUGAUUAAUUGCACAUUAUCAGGCCCAGCACUACCGAUCUUUAUUCUUCUCUAAGUCUUUUCUUUGUUGCCAUUACAUUCAAAUGUGUUUUCAAGAAAUUACAUCCCAUCUGAAGAUACUGAACCUUGAACUUGCUCCUGAUGUGCAGUUGGCACCUUGCAUGGCAGCCUCUGCCAUUAGUGAAGGGCCCUGCGAUGAGCUGGCAUCUUGUUCAGGGUGCUGCCCUCGCACGGAG